UGAGGAAAAUUGUGAAAUUGUGAAUCUUGUGAUACAACCAGCAAAAAAGUCCCAAUUAUGUACCAUUUGUUUUAGGCAACAAUCUCAAGAAUGGAGAUAAAAAGAUGAGAGACGUAAACAACGGCGAAUUAACAUCAACCCCGAAGGAAUCAAUUGUAAAGUGUUUUCAGCAGUAAAUCCUUCUUAGCUGUGUGGAUGGGAAGGAGGUGUAAGGAGAAUGCUCUUGAAUUUCUCCGUGAGGGUGCUAUGUAUAUUGGGUGUAUGUAAUAUAAAUAUACCUAUUAAUUGGUGUAAGAGGGAACAUCGACUGGAGACUCCUGAAACACGAAUAAAUCGUGAAAAGAUGCCGGGUCUCACUCCAGAGCAAAUUGAAAUCGUCAAGAGCACGUGGCAACUCGUUGCGAAGGCACCCGAGGAUGCUGGUGAGGCCAUUCUGAUGCGCUUCUUUGAGAAAUUCCCCGACAAUCAAAAGUACUUCCCAUUCCGCAAUGUACCCCGAGAGAAUCUCAAAGGGAGCGUCAUGUUUCGGAGUCACGCAGGACGUGUUGUAGCUGUGUUCCAGAAAGCUGUUGAUGCCUUCAACACCGCCGAUCCGGUGGCAACACUCGUUGAAAUUUGGACUGAGAUCGCACGAACACACUUCCGCAGACAAAUUAAGCAGAAAUCCUUUGAUGAGCUGAAAGAGGUAGUCCUCGAAAUCUUAACUGCUGCAUGCAAUCUCGAUGAGGUGCAGCAAACUGCCUGGGCUGUGACAUUGGACACAAUCUUCGGAAUAAUCUCAAAAGAGCUUGCAAAUCUCGCUGAAUCAUCCCAGUGAAAGGAUAUCGCAUUUCUUUUUUCCACAUAACACGUCGAAAAUUUGUUAUACUACCACGUUAAUAUAUUAGAUGUAAAAGCACAAAAAAAUUA